GUGAGCUCAAUUUUCUCUUGUUUCUGUUUUAAGUUUUUCGAUUUUGAAGCUUUCUUCUCGAAAAUUUCGAUUGCUUGCUAGUCGAUUUCGAGUUCAAAUCCGUUUGCUUCUCUUUUGGAUAACGAUUCUCGCUCGUUUAGAUAGAUCUGGAGAUGAUUUCAGAUACUCGAUCUUUGGUAGUUGUAGUGUGUGAUCGGAUUAGAGAUCCGAUUAAAGAACUCGUAACUUUGUUGUUCUGCUUCUUCGCUAGCUUAUCUGAAAUCAGGAAGAAUCUGCUGUUUUUCACUUCAAGUUCAAAUCAAGUGUUAAAUUCUACGAAUUUUUGACUUUUUCAUCAGUGUUUGUCAAUUGUUCGAUCUAUGUUGUGCUUCUUGCCUCUUGAUGUGUCAAAAUUGAAGUCAAAAUCGUUCUACAAAGUUGUGAGGAGCUACUUAGCUUCUCUUCCUUGUGAUGUUAACAAUGUUAGAGAUGAUGAUAAUAUUAUCCAAUUUCUGUGUUAAGUUGUGAUCUUUGUUUUAGAAAAUGUGUUUUUGAAGAGAUGUGCAUCUUCUCAGUGUUUUGUUAUGUGUAUUGAUAUGAUAACAGGCAAACGCGGCAUCGGGAAUGGCUGUGCAUGAUGAUUGCAAGCUGAAAUUUAUGGAACUGAAGGCGAAAAGAACAUUCCGUACCAUAGUCUACAAGAUUGAGGAUAAGCAAGUGAUUGUAGAGAAACUCGGUGAACCUGAACAAUCAUAUGAUGACUUUGCAGCUAGUCUUCCAGCUGAUGAUUGCCGAUAUUGCAUUUACGAUUUCGACUUUGUCACUGCGGAGAACUGCCAGAAGAGCAAGAUCUUCUUCAUUGCAUGGUCUCCGGACACUGCCAAAGUGAGAGACAAGAUGAUUUACGCGAGCUCUAAAGAUAGGUUCAAGAGAGAACUAGAUGGAAUUCAAGUGGAACUUCAAGCUACUGAUCCAACAGAAAUGGGUCUUGAUGUUUUCAAAAGCCGCACCAACUAAGUAAAACAAAACCCUGUAAGGGCAUUUGAAUAAGUUUGGUUUCUGGAGUGAAUAUGUUUCCUCUGACUGUUAUGAAAACUUUUUAACACCUUCAACUUCAUUCUACUUGGUAUUAUUGUAUGUCUUUGAUGUGUUAUGUGUGCCUUGUGAUGGUUUUCAAUUAGUUUUACAUGUACAAUACUUGAAAUCAGAUUGUUGCUAGGCUUCAAGCCUUGUCUCAGUUAUCUAUCUGAUAAUUUAUUCGUAUAUGUUUGGAGUCCUAUAUCAAGCAUCUCCUUAAAUGGUUUAGAUU